AUGUCAAUCACUGAGGGCGACUUCGACGAAGAUUCUGUUGUGACAAUGAUUUACCCCGUCUGCUCUAUGGGAAGGGGCUCGCGGCAGGCGGUCUUAAACAAUCUAGAGUCUAGACUGGACCAAUGGUACAUCAACCUCCCUGGUAAUCUUCGGUAUGAUCCAGCCACUCUACAUCCCUCACAUGACUUGCCGAUAGUUAACUAUUUGAUGAACCGGUGGGUAUGCAGAGAGGACCUUGCCCUGGCGCUAGCUGCUGUCUUCUGUCAGAUGAAAGCACUGCCCUUGAUUUACCACCUGUGUCAACACAAGCGCCUUGGUGCAAAGAUGGUUGGUGGUGCGAUACACACCGUGCACCUCCGAGGGCAUUUUGCAGCAUGUGCACCACCUCGAGUGCCAUUCAUGGGGUAA